AUGAGUGAUCUGCAGGAGAUCAACCAACACAUUCAUGACAGGAUUUCUUCUCUGAAACUCUUGCUGGACCUGUCUCUGGCCGGUAGGAUGCAAACUUUUUUUUUUUUUUUUGUGUUUUAAAAUUUUGUUUUUUUUUUAAUAGUAAUUUAAUGUUUUUAAGACCUGCCUCAGAAGAAGAUGAAGAAAGUGGGACAGGAGAUCUUUGCCCUGGACAGACUGUUGGAGGAGUUUGAGAAAUGUGUGGACCAUCAGAGGGACCAGCUCAAGAGUAUGAAGGUGAACUGGAGUCUGUGUGAAAUCAAUAAGUCUGAAAGAUCUGUACCUGUAUUCACAUCUCAGGGAGCUCCUAAUUGAGCUUUAAAACUCUAUCCAAGAAUGAUCUCAGAGCGACUCUGAGCAGGAUGAGUGGACCAUGUUUUUAGGUAUGACGGGUUCAGUUAAAGGCUGUGAUUGGCUGAUAAAUUCCCUUUUAUUUAUUUAUAGAAUAUCUACCCAGAGGAACGAUGAAAUCAAUCAGCCUGAUCAGCUCCUCUGGUCAGUCUGGUGGAUUUCAUCCUUCACAUGUAUCAAGAAUUCACUCCUUCCCAUUUUCUGUCUUUAUGUGGAUCUGCCAAUCAUAGGCUUUAAAUGGGUCCUUACUGGGGUAGAGGUCUUUGUUUCUCCCUCUCUCAGAGUCACUCUGAGAUCUUUUUGAAUCAUUGUUGGGGGUUGGACUCCUUCAUCAGAGUUUUGAAGUUGCCCACCAAACAUCGGACGUCGAAAAGACGUGCAGAUCAAGUCAGUAUUGGGUCGGUCUGUCGAAGACCACAUCUAGACGUCAGUGCGACAUGCAAAACAGGUGAGAAAUUUCGACGUCUAAACUGGAUCUUUUUUAGACGUCGCUCCGACGUUCAGAAUUUGGACGUCAUCUAAUGACCAAAUCUCGACGUCGGGUUAACGUGCAAAAUAGAUCCAAUAUUUAGACGUCAGUAUUGGACCUCUUUUCGACGUUAAAUUGAUGUCCGCAUUUGUGCCUUAUUUGGACGUGUUCGUGUGGUCCGCCAAGGACCAAAUCUUGACGCCUCCAGAAGACCUGAUUUCGACGGCCAAUUUAGACCGAAAUUGCACAUCAUGUCAGUCGGACGUCCACAAGACGUCAGAAUUGAACGUCGAAAUGACGUCCGAAAAAGACGUCAAAAAACGUUCAUUCUGCACCUUCAGGAGACAUGAUUUAGACGGCCAAUUUCGACCGAAAUUGCACGUCAUGUCAACGUCCGAUUUGGACGUCCACAAGACAUCCGAAAAAGACAUCGAAAUGACUUUCAUUCUGCACCUUCAGGAGACGUGAUUUAGAAAAUUAUGUUAUAUAGACGUCAUUUCGAUGUCGCAUUGCGUAGUGGGUGAGUUUGUGGCUCUCUGGAAGGAUCCUUUGAGUGUUUGUUGGACACAGGCCCCUGUCUUCAUGCUGCUUAUCAUCCCAAAGACUUAACAUUGGUUUUACUGCUGCAUAAAUGAAAAAGUAAAGGUUGAGCAUCCUGGAGGCGACCGCACCAGCUCAGAUAUUUAACCACAUUUAGUUUUUAAAUAUGAACAAACAUCUGUUCAGUGAGGUAACUGAAGAAAAGUGGGUAAAAUUUACAGUCACAGCAGAUGGUUUUAGAGGGUAAAAGUAGUUGACAGACCAGUACUUUGAGCUGUAUUUGUUUAAAUCAGGAACUGGAGGAGUCUGUCAAGAAGGACCUGGAGGAUGUGACUCACUUAAAGAACAACAUACCUGCUCACAUGCCAAAGAGGGAAGGCCCAGCACAGUAAGAAUACUUAUUUCUGCUAAUGUAACACUGGAGAUUUGUGCUAUAAAUAUAAAUCACUUUACAGAGGAAUUGGGAUUUGAGGGAGCUUAGAUGUCUACAUGACAGCCGAUCUGUGCUUGUAAAUCUAAUGGAGUAAAAGAGCUAACAUUUAAUGAAUCCUGUGUCCUCUCAGAGGUUGUGACCCCAUGAUAAGGCAGAGUGAAACUGCAGUCACUCAGCAGCAGCAACAACCUGUGAAGAAGAGCAGCAGGAGCUUCAUCAGAGAGAUGGACUUCAUCACUGUGGCAGAGUUUGACGGCAUCCCUCAGUAAGACACUCACUCACUCACUCCCUGCAUGCUGUGAUGACUGGAGCUUAUCAUCAGGUGUCUGUCCCUGCCCUAGGAAAAGACAUAUCAUACUCUUCCUUAAAAGGAUAUUCUGGCAUAAAAUGAAUUUAGGGUCUCGAAUGUUGCCGACCGCUUACUUCUGUAGUUAUACCAACUUUUAAGUAACGACCGCACGAUAGCAAUGCAUAGUGGUCUACAUCUCCAUGGGCUAAUCCAACCAAAACACCACUCUAUAGCCACAAAUAAUGCUCAGAACAGCACCUAACUUCAUCAACAGUACAUAUAGGGUCUCAGCCACAGCACUAGCCACCAAACGUCUUUUUAACUUUGUCUAAUUUCUUUAGGGAAGAGACUAAACACAACUCACCUACUCUCUUGCAGCAGCCGCUUGUUUGUAGGGAGAGCUCAGACGAGUCCAUCACCGAGUGCAGCAGGGUGACGCAGCUCAAGGAAGAACAUUUAUGAUUAUUUCUUCAAGUAAAUGCAAUUAGAUCGAGACGCUGAGGCAGAAGAACUACUGCAUCUGCAGUGCAAAAUGAUUAUUGAGAUGAUUAUUACUUCAAGGAAAUAAGGGCAGUAGAGAGGGAAUAUUUCUGAUUGAUGUGAUGUUUCCUGGGCUGAAAGUUGAUGCAGACUCUUAAGGUACUUUCUGAUAUUAUUGUCCUGAUUAUGAGCCCUUCAGGUUGUGUCCUGACUACAGGUAAGUGUAGUGAGUUGGACAGGACAUGUCUGUCUCUGUCUAAAGCAGUCUGUGUGUCCUCAGGUACAUGAGAGGAGGAGUUUCCUAUGACCAGCUGAAUGCAGCCGUGCAGAGCAUCAACACCGCUGUUACAGCCAAGUACAAGAUCCUCCAUCAGUCUGUGAAAACGCUGAAUAACCAGUCCAGAAAACUGCAGCAGCGCUUCAAGGAGCAGGACACCAAAGAUACCAAAGGUGACAAUACUGCAGCACUCAAACUAAAUAUUAACUAAAAGAAGGGGAUCUGAGAGUGUGGGCACCCCUAUCUAGCAGUAUCUGGAUCUAGCAUACAGAGCCAGCGUAAUCACAACAACAAUGUGCACUUAAGUAUCAACAAAGUCACAAGGAGUAAGAGUAAUGUUGGCUGUAUGGCAGUAUUUUUUCUUUAAGUCCGAAAAAGACUUUUCAGCUGAGUGCAAAACUUGUCACGCACAAGUUUGUGCCAAUAUCAAUAUUGGUAUUGGCCAAUGCUACAAUAUCGGUUGAUCUAUGUGCUGUUUACUGGUUAACUCAAAGGGAGAAACACAUCACAUCACAUCACAUCCUGUUUCAGUUUGAGUGUUUUAGUUCUGUGCUGUGUCCGAAUUGCCCGCUCGCAUACUACAUGCUACUGCUACAUACUAAACACGUUGGCCCAAUUCGGACAGACUAGACGAGCGGUGGGGAAAGACCGCACAUUUUUAGGACAGUGUGCGAAGUUACAUGAAACUUACAUCUGUACUGCUGCGGUCCUGCCUGCUGCUGCUGCUGCUCCGCCAUGGUGCGCGCUGCUGUGGCCAGCCGGCGUUCGCGACGCAUCUAAAUAGGCAGCAGCUGGUAGCGCUAGCAUCACAUGCGCUUCUACAACUUUUUAAGAGGACAAAGAAGAAGCCCGCGGUGCAUUUUGGGUCAGUAGCAUGCCCGUAGGAUCAGAGCAGUAGAUUCAAACAGAGUGGCGACAACUUCAGAUCUCGCCGCCAGAGCGGUCACGUGGUUCAUGUACCCCUCCAUUUAAUCUACUGCUCUGCGUAGGAUGCACCGCGACCAACCUACAAUGUGGGCGUGUCUAGUAUCUGAAGUAGCAUGCUACUCGCUCCGGUGGCCAAUUCGGACAUGCUACAUACUACUUCGACUACUACUUGGCAAUUCGGACGCAGUACAGGUGUUUCAGUUUUGGGUGUUCCACAUGUUGUUUCUCAGCUCAUGUCUCCUCCCGUAGCGCCCCCUGCUGUCUGCUGCUUUCACCCUCAGGUGUCUCUGUCUUUCAGGUCAGUUCUUUGUGGUGGAGGAGGACAUCAGAGACUUCACUCAGGUGAAGGUGGACAAACGCUUUCAGAAGAUCUUCAUCAUGCUGAGACACUGUGGGCGCCUGAGGGAGGUCCGAGGAGGGGGACUGACUCGCUACAUGCUGCUGUGA